UGAACGCAGCACGGUGGUGGUCUCGCUUUCUAAAGCGCGUCAGUGCGCAGCCUCGAUGAAGACGUCAUGAGCGUCUUACUACCAAACAUGGCGGACUUUGAUACCAUUUAUGAGUUAGAAGACGAAGAGGAGGACCAUGUAGUGAGCGAAGAGAACCUGCCCCGAUACUGCCUGGAGCCGGUGGUUAUGCGAGGGGCUGGGCACAUCACAGUGUUUGGACUCGGCAACAGAUUUGACACCGAGUUUCCCACUGUUCUCACGGGAAAGGUGGCACCGGAGGAAUUCAAAACCAGCAUCAGCAGGCUGAACGCCUGUUUGAAAAAGAACCUACCUGUCAACGUGAAGUGGCUUCUUUGCGGCUGCCUGUGCUGUUGCUGCACGGUGGGCUGCAGUCUGUGGCCCGUUAUCUGCCUCAACAAGAGAACGAGGCGGUCCAUUCAGAAGCUUUUGGAGUGGGAGAAUAACAGAUUAUACCACAAGCUGGGUCUGCACUGGAAACUCAGUAAAAGAAAAUGUGAAAGCAGUAACAUGAUGGAAUAUGUGAUUCUUAUAGAAUUCUUGCCUAAAUAUCCUAUAUUGCGGCCGGACUGAGGAGGCUGUCGUCAGGCUGAAGGCGUGGCCCUCUCAUCUCAUCCGUAGUGCCUUGUACAUACAGUUGGUUGGAAUGAGGGUCUGCACUGGCGUCUCUUGUGAUGACUCCCGUACAUCUCAGUUCCUUGUACAUUCAAAUUUUUUUGCAACACAGUCACUUUGCUUUAGAGCAGAUUUUGCACAUGUUUUCCCCGUAUCGGAACCCUAACACCCUUGUUGCAUUUGGAUGUGUUUUUGUUACCUUUAGUAAUAUAAAGAAAAGAAGUGAAACUCACCAGACGUUCACUAGAAGUGCAUUUACCUCAAAGCACCACCAACCUGUAGCCCAUCUGUCAAAUUGGUAGUUUCUCGCAAAGAAUGUGAUACUUUGCGUAACUCUUUUUGCCUUAUGUGUGGAUAGGAGAAACUAAAUCAGCGUCCAUGGAAGCAGAUGUCAACAGAUGUGGAUGAUCCCAGCAUCCAGAUGUCAUUUGCUGGUCUUUACAGUUAGGUGGGAUGAAGGUGGAAAGAGCGCAUGGUGGAUCUUAUCCCUCUGUGUUUUGUCUUAACCGUAGCUCUUUGAACAUGGGAACUAGCUCAGACGAUAACUUGACUUGUAAAUACCAUGCUAGAAUUAGCUGUACAGUGGUUUACCGUUUGUUUACAUAAUGUUACUUUGUUCUUUUUUUUUGCCAAUAUAUUUGCUGUACCAUAGUUUUGAUGAGUGAAAGGUGUCUGUAUACCUUUCAGGACCUGUUUACCUUGUAAGCCAUAUAGUGACAAUGUAACUGAUGCCAGAGUAAUGGACUCAUUAUUGCACUUGAGCCAAGAAAGAGUGAGAAUUUCAUAAUACUGUGCAUCCAAAAUAUGGUACAUUCAUUAUGUUUUUUUAUUGUUUUUGCCAAUAAAGAAGACACUGUUAAACACAUUUGGAAGAUUUGGAUUUGAAGCCUGAUUAGUAUUAUUUUUUUAUUGAUGCGCUUUUUGUGAUCACUUCGUGGUUUUGCCCUUUUCUCCGAGCUGCGGUUUGUCCUAAUUUUGUUUGGAAGCUCAUCCAAUCCCGGAUGUUUCUAGCAGAUGGCUCCUUUGUUUCAUCCUCUCCCGUGGUUUUACCCCAAUAGACUGACUGCAUCACAUUGUACCCGUGUCCUUCUGAAACAGUAGUUUGAGACUUUAAAUCCUCUAAAUGUUUAUCAUGACAAACCUAACUCUGCUGGGGAAACAAUAAAUGGUUGCUUUUUAUUUCA